AUGAAAGUAAGCGUUGGACACCAGCCAAAGGGUCAGCUAUGGCUGGUCUUAGCCGUGCUGGUUGCCUUUGCAAUGCUCAGUGAGGCAGCCAGAAGCUUGCCACCACCUUCUCUUUCAGCAUCGCCAACGUAUGCUCCUAUCAUUAAGGUGAUAGGCAAAGCAUACUGCUAUAGAUGCUUCAAUGAGGCACACCCAGAAGAAUCGCAUGGGAAGGAGCACCUGGAAGGAGCCAUGGUCAAGGUCACUUGCCAGGCCAAUGACCAAGCAAUAGUGAGAUUUGGCUACACCGAAAGCAAUGGCAAAUACAGUGUGGCCAUUACCGGGUUGCCACUUAGCGGCACCUUUGGGGCUGACUCGUGCAAGGUUGAGCUCCAUGCAGCAGCAGGAGGAUCUGACUGCAAUGUGCCCAUGGAGUUAAAUCUCUCUGGAGUUAGCGUUUACUCAAAGUCCAAUGAAGAAGUGGUUCUCCAAGCCAACCAAGUAAUGGCAUUUGGAUCAAAGAAAACAUUUGCUGGAUGUUCAAAACCUCACAUUCUACCAUCGAUGUAUCCAUCUAAUUCACAGCCACUCCCAUACCAUGCCUCACCUCCAUCCAACUACAAAUCCCCACCAUUACUGCACCAGCAUUCACCACCUCCUUCAAACAAGUUUCCACCUCCAUCGUAUCAGUAUCCAUCACCUCCCCAGAACUUCUACUCUUCGCCACCCCCAUCAAACAACUACCAAGCUCCACCAACAUCUAACAAUCCAACACCAACCCACAAGUAUUUACCACCUCCAUACUACUACAACUCCCCACCUCCAAACAGCCACGUAGCUCCACCGCUGCCAUACCUGCAGUCCCCACCUCCGUACAACUACAAGUCGCCUCUUCUACCAUUGUCACCAGCGCCUCCUCGCCAUUAUAACUCUCGACCUCCAUCUAACUAUGGAUCUUCACCCCCACCUUACCAAUAUUCUCCACCUGUACCACCAAAACAUCUACAACCAAAUGUUCCUCAUGCUAAUCAGCCACCAGCAUCAAUAUCACCACAGCCUCUUUACCCCUACAGCUCUCCACCACCAUAUCUGAACUCGUACCAAUCCCCACCACCACCGAUUCAGCUUCCUCAUGCAAAAGCGCCACCAGUUCCUUCAACAUCUCCACAGCCUCUGCACCACUACAGCUCUCCACCACCAUCACUUAUGAACUCCCACCAAUCCCCGCCACCACCGAAUCGCCUGUCAUGAGCAUCAAGGAAGGAUUUCUCGAAAUGAUGAGACGUGGGAAGAAUAAACAGAAGAGUUGAAGACUAUCUCAAGAUGAAGAAGCACCGCAGCAGGAGUUUUCAGCUGUGGAUCUCAGUCUCUAAUAUUAUUUACCCAAGUAUCAGUGUUGUUUCAGCUUUCCCUUUGUUUCCUAGAGCUAUUCCAGCAAUGUAACCAUAAGUUGUACUAUGAGCUUUUCUUAGUAUAUCACUGUUCUAUUUUCAAUCCAAUAUACGGCGGAGGUUUCCUUUACAUCCCUAAAAUAUUUUCUACUGUGCA